GAAAGCAAGCCUAUUUUUCAUUUUCCUGAAUUAUUACUUAGACCGUUUAAUCGUAGAAAUUUUAGUUACUUUUUUCUCAUAAUUUCAUCUAUAGGCCAACUAAAAUGGCGUGUGGAGAUGAAAAUAGCAAAAAGUGUUUCACUUUCAUUUGGAAAUUAGAAAAUGCCAGUUACUGCUGGCAGAAAACGGGCGAAAGAAUAGAAAGUCCCUCAUUUGUCUUGGAUUCGAUAGAGGAAACGAAAUGGAAGUUAAGGUUGUAUCCUAGAGGUCAAGAAAGGUCAAAUGAAAUUGGAUUUUAUUUAGUGAGGGAAGCAGACAGCAAAGGCGCGGACAAUAUAGAAAUACAAUACGAUCUCAGCUUCUUGGCGCAGGAUGGCACAGUUCUGGAGACGCGAAUUCCAAUGACGAGAACCUUUUUCAAGAAAUAUGGUUUUGGAUUUUAUUCGUUUGCUAUGCGAGAAGACGUGUUUGUUGCAAGAAGAUCUGCAUUUUUGCCACAGGACACACUCACGGCUCGCUGCAGAAUUUGGAAAAGUGUUGGCGAAAUUUCGAAGGAUGUGCAAUGUUUCGCACGCACGCGCAUAGGAAUAGAAAAAACUUCUUUUUUAUGGAGCAUUAAGAAUUUCAGUUCUAUUCAGUCAGUGGACAAAUAUGUUUAUCGAGUCAAAUCGUUGAAGAACAACGCCCAGUUAAUGGGCUUGGCGCUGAAUUUACCAGGUGGAUUAAAUGCCGAAGAGAUAAUCUCGUUUGAUAUUACUCCCAGGGAUCUAAAUAUAAAAUAUUCCACAUUCCAACUGUCUGUUCUUGAUGCACACAGAAAUGCAACGGAGUGUUUCAGAGAUGAAUUUUGGUUUGAUGAAAGUGUUGGAACCAAGCGAUUUGCUCUGCUUCGUACAAAGAGAAUGUUGAUGGAAGCGAAAAAUGUGUAUUUACCUGAUGAUGUCCUUACCUUACAAUGUGAAUGCACGAUUUCAUUUGAUAUUUCUUUACAAGAAAUAGAAAGAAUCAGUUAUGAUAACAGUCCUGCUCAAGACAGUGAAACAGAUAGUUAUAGCUUGGAUAAGGCAAAUCUUUUAUUUGUGUCUAAAAGUAUAUUAAAUAACAAUUUAAAGUCAAUGCUAGAUGACUGUUCACUUUUCGACAUAAAUCUGAGGACAAGUAGUAGGACAUAUCCUGCUCAUAAAUGCAUCCUCAGUGCUCGAUCCCCAGUUUUCAAGGCUAUGUUUUCCAACAAUAUGAAAGAAAAAAUGAGCGAAUGGGUCGAUAUCGAAGAAUUUGAUGACGAUACUAUAUCGCUAAUGCUUCAGUAUAUUUAUACUGCCGAAGUUGGAGAACUUCAGUGGGAGAGUGCUCUUCGGUUGUACCAAGCUUCAGAUAUGUACGAAAUCCUCAGUUUGAGGAAUAUAUGUUCAUUCUACCUCAAAACCAGCUUGUGUCCAAGUAAUGCCUGUGAAACUUUGGUUCUUGCUGACCUGCAUGAAGACGAUGAUCUGAAAAGCUAUGUACAGGACUUCAUUUUGAAAGACGCUGAACACAUCAUAAACUCUGAUGAAUGGGGACAUUUGAUGAAAUUUAAUCCAAAAUUAGCUGACGAUACAUUACAUUUCAACUUUACAGAAGAAGUGAGACUUUAGAAAUAAAAAUUACUCAUUUAUCGAACCAAUGAAAUACCUACUGCUGAGUUUCGUUGCCACAGUGAUCGUGUUUCAUUUGAGUUCAGCACAACUCUCGAAGCGUUGUCAGUCCGUAUGCAGCAGGUCAGACGGACAGGAG